AAGGCAGCUGGCGGGGGGGGUGGUGUAUCUGGGGUGGUGUAACUAGGAUGGUGUAAUUGGGAUGGUGUAGUUGGGUUGUGAUGUAACUGGAGUGGUGUCAUUGGGUUGUGGUGUAGUUGGGGUGGUGUAGCUGGGGUGAUGUUACUGGGAUGGUGUAUUUGGGUUGUGGUGUAAUUGGGGUGGUGUAGUUGGGUUGUGAUGGGAUGGUGUAGUUGGGGUGAUGUAACUGGGGUGGUGUAGUUGAGUUGUGGUGGGGUGGUGUAGUUGGAGUGGUGUAACUGGGGUGGUGUUGUCGUGUUGGUGUUGUUGUGUUGGUGUUAUCGUGUUGGUGUUGUCGUGUUGGUGUUGUCGUGUUGGUGUUGUCGUGUUGGUGUUGUUGGGGUGGUGCUGUGGGUCAGUGCUGUUGGGGUGGUGUUGGGUGGGUGUUUUUGGGUUGCAGUUGUUGGGGUGAUGUUGUUGGGCUGGUGUAGGUUGGUUGGUGUAGUUGGGGUGGUGUACUUGGCUUGGUGGUGUUUGGGUGAUGUUGGAUGGAUGUUUUUGAGUUGGUACCGGGGUGACAUAGUGGGGCUGGUGUUCUUGGGUUGAUGUUGAGGUGAUGGUGUGGGUUGAUAUUGUUGGGCUGAUGUUGGCUGGGUGUUUUUGGGUUGAUGUUGGGCUGGUGGAGUUUGGCUGGUUGUGUUGGGCUGGUGUUGGUGUAGUUGGGCUGUUGUUGGGGUGGUGUAGUUGGGUUGGUGGUGUGGCUUGGUGGUUUGGGGUGAUGUUGGCUGGGUAUGUUUGAGUUGGUAUUGUUGGGGUGGUGUAGCUGGGUUGGUGUUGGGGUGAUGCUGGACUGGUGUAGUUGGGCUGUUGUUUUUGGGAUGGUGUAGUUGGGAGGAUGUAUUUGGGGUGGUGUAGUUGGGUUGGUGGUGUGGGUCAGGGUUGUUGGGGUGAUGUUGGGUGGCUGUUUUGGGUUGGUGUUGUUGGUUGUAGUUUGGUCAGUCGUGUUGGGCUGGUGUUGGUGUAGUUGGGCUGUUGGGAUGGGUUGGUGUUCUUGGGGUGAUGCUGGGGUGGUGUUGUGAUGGUGGAGUUGGGAUGAUGUAAUUGGGGUGGUGUAGUUGGGCUGGUGGUUUGUCUUGGUGUUGUUGGGGUGGUGUUUUUGGGCUGGUGGUGUUGGACUGGUGUAGUUCAGUCAGUUGUGUUAGGUUGGUGUUGUUGGGUUGGUGUAGUUGGGUUGGUGUUGUUGUGUUGCUGCAGUUGAUCUGGUGUUGGUGUUGUUGGGUUGGUGUUGUUGGGUUGGUGUAGCUGGGUUGCUGCAGUUGAUCUGGUGUUGGUGUAGUGGGGCUGUUGUUGUGUUGUUGGGAUGAUGUAACUGCGCUGGUGGUGUAGGUUGGUGUCAGUGUGGUGUUAGGGGGGUGUUUUAGCAUUGGUGUUGGGGUGAUGCUGCUGGUUUGGGGUUUGGGGUGAUGCUGCUGGAUGAUCUUUUUGGGAGGGUGGUGUUGGGCUGGUGGAGUUUGGGUGCUGUUGUCGGGGUGAAAUUGUUGGAGUGCUGUUUUGGGGUGCUGUUGCUAUAUGGAUAUUUUUGGGGUGCUGUUUUGGGGUGCUGUUGCUGUAUGGGUGUAUUUGGGGUGCUGUUGCUGUAUGGGUGUAUUUGGGGCGCUGUUUUUUGGGGUGCUGUUGCUGUAUGGGUGUUUUUGGGGUGCUGCUGCUGUGUGGGUGUAUUUGGAGCGCUGUUUUUGGGGUGCUGUUGCUGUUUGGGUGUAUUUGUGGUGCUGUUGCUGUGUGGGUGUAUUUGGGGUGCAGUUUUUGGGGUGCUGUUGCUGUUUGGGUGUAUUUGGGGUGCAGUUUUUGGGGUGCUGUUGCUGUUUUGGUGUAUUUGGGGCCCAUGUGCCCCGUCCCUUGUCCCGUUCUGGCCGUGCUCUCCCGGGCCCUGGGCAGGAGGGAUGGGAGCAGCCCUGACGCGUGCGAGCCCCGCUGAGGUGUCGUGUCUCUGUGGCUCUGCCCCGUGCCUGCUCUGUGGCUGCUGCCCCUCGGCCAAGAACUCCACCAUCUCCCGCCUCCUCUUCACCUUCUUCCUCUUCCUCGGCACCCUCGUGUCCAUCAUCAUGAUAAUCCCGGGCGUGGAGAAGGAGUUGCACAAGCUCCCCGGUUUCUGUGAAGGCAGUGGCUCGGUGCUGGGGGUCCAGACCAACGUGGACUGCAGCAGCUUCCUGGGCCACAAGGCCGUGUAUCGCAUGGGCUUCGCCAUGGCCGCCUUCUUCUGCCUCUUUGCCGUGCUCAUGGUGUGCGUGCGCAGCAGCAAGGACCCGCGGGCCGCCCUGCAGAACGGCUUCUGGUUCUUCAAGUUCCUGGCGCUGGUGGGGAUCACGGUGGGCGCCUUCUACAUCCCCGACGGCACCUUCACCUCAGUCUGGUUUUACUUUGGCGUGGUCGGCUCCUUCCUGUUCAUCCUCAUCCAGCUCGUGCUGCUCAUCGACUUCGCGCACUCCUGGAGCCAGCGGUGGCUGCACAACGCGGAGCAGGGCAGUGCCAAGGGCUGGUACGCAGCCCUCUGCACCGUCACCUUCCUCUUCUACGCCGCCUCCAUCGCCGCCGUUGUGCUGCUCUAUGUCUACUACACCAAGCCCGAGGGCUGCACGGAGGGCAAGGCCUUCAUCAGCAUCAACCUCAUCCUCUGCCUCAUCGUCUCGGUUGUGUCCAUCCUGCCCAAGAUCCAGGAGGCUCAGCCACACUCGGGGCUGCUGCAGGCAUCCCUCAUCACCCUCUACACCAUCUACGUCACCUGGGCCGCCCUGGCCAACGUGCCGAGCCGGCACUGUAACCCCACGCUGCUGCUGAGGAACAGCACUGGCUCAGCCACGGCCACCGAGCCGCUGACAACCUGGUGGGACGCCCCGAGCAUCGUGGGGCUGGUGAUCUUCAUCCUCUGCACCCUCUUCAUCAGCCUCCGCUCCUCGGACCACCCGCAGGUGAACAAGCUGAUGCUGACGGAGGAGAGCGGGGCCGGGGCCGGGGCCGGGGCCGGGCCGGGCGGGGCGGAGGAGGGCGGGGUGCACCGCGCCUACGACAACGAGCAGGACGGCGUCUCCUACAACUACACCUUCUUCCACCUCUGCCUCCUCCUCGCCGCCCUCUACAUCAUGAUGACCCUCACCAACUGGUACAGGCCGGACGAGAGCUUGCAGGUGCUGAGCAGCCCCUGGACGGCCGUGUGGGUGAAGAUCUGCUCCAGCUGGGCCGGGCUCCUGCUCUACCUCUGGACCUUGGUGGCUCCGCUGCUGCUGCCGGACCGGGACUUCAGCUGAGGUGGCCCUGGACGCGCUGCUGCCAUCGUGGCUUUGUCCCUCGAGGCUGGGGACAGCCCCAGCUCUGCCUCAGCCUCUGUUCUGCACGCAGGAGCUGCCGUGCUGGGUUGUGCCUUCUUGCAUCUCCUCUGUUUUAAUUUGAAAGGGAUGAAGUGCCAAGCACAGAAAAUUAAGGGCUGGGAGAGACCUGAGGGUGGUUUUAAAGCUCUCAUCCUCUCCGUGUUUGUGUAGUGCCUUUGGCAGUGCCUCCAGACCCUCUCUGCCCAGCAGACACCACUGCCUUGCCUUGGGAGGGUUUGGUUCUCCCCAGCUGCUGGUGCCCCGUGAGGGAUGGGUCCCUCUUGGUGCCUUUUGGCGUCUGGCAGGGUAGCAGGACCCAGGCCCUGGCCAGUUUUGUGUCCCCAGACAGCCUGGAGGGAAACAAAUCCUGGCGACUCGUGGCUGGGGGCAGAGGUCCUGCUGUGUGCCAGCCUCGGUGGUGGCCCCAGCUCCCCGGGGCUGUCCCAGCAGGAGCACAGCUCCCUGUCCUCUGCGGGGCACAGGUCAGGUGUCCCACAGGCCUGGCCCCAGCUCCUUGCCUCGGUAGUGAACUCUCGUUUGGAAUAAACGCGGUUUGUUUGGA